AUGAGAAUGAUACAUCUCAUCUCAGGAUACUCCAUUCCUACGAUCAACAAGUUGGACUCGAUCAACAUCACUAUGAAUGGAACGACAGCGGCCAGUGGAAACAAGAAGAAGCACUCCUCAAUGGUGAAGAACCCAAACGGCAUCAUCCUCUACCAUCUCAAGUUUCUCUUCGACGGAAAGAUGGAGUUUGGAUCACUUACUAAAGCCAGUAUCGAAGAAGAAGAGGAAGUGGAGAAAGAAGGCAAUCGUCUAAACCCAAUUCUUCGUCAAGCAAAACUCGAACUUCACCUUCACUAUCAACUUGAACAAGAAGGACAACUAGGCGUUCACUCUCUAUGCGGACGGAUUUGU